UUUUAUUUAAUUAAUCAAAAAAUUACAAUCACUUAUAAUAAAAUGCAGCACUGAUAAGGAUGAGCGACUAUGGUUGAUUUAGAAGCUGUACAAGCGUUUGGGGAAGCUCUCAAGAAGAACCUCCAGUGUCCGAUCUGUUUAAGUCUUCUCAAGAAUCCAACUUCAGGAGAUUGUCUGCACAAGUUUUGUAAGGUCUGCAUAGACCAGCAGAUUGUCAUCAGAAAGAAACCAAAAUGCCCUAUCUGCAACAAACCCAUAUCACGAAGGUCUCUAAGAGAAACGAGUGAGCUGACAUCAGUGUUACGAGGAGUAGAGAGUAUAUUAACCACUAUAAACUCUGAAGGGGCUGAGAGUGGUUCAGAGGAACCUAUUAUUCCAUUCUCCCAAUUCGAAUUAACAACCUGUAAAAGCCCAGAAAAAGUCACAGCAAAGGUUCUUCAAAAAGCACUAUUAACAACACCUUUAUCUGUGAACUCCGCAAGCAAUCAGCCACCAUCCUCCACUAUUACUCCAGCAGUGAGGAGUAAACCUGGUAUGGUUGCUAAUACCCCAGCACGGAAGUGGAAUGUAGCGGACACUUCCUCUUCUUCUUCUAGGAAAAGAAAGAAAACUGCUGAGACGGAGUCCCACAAAGGAGCACUAGAGAAGAAUAGAAUGCUACUUGAAACUAUAGAAAAAGGAAAUUUGGGAGAGAAAAGUAAGUUAAAGAAGUGUAGUCGGAAAGCAGUGGACAUAACGAAAAUGGAAUCUGAAGGUGAUGUGCUUAGUAAGGAAGCUACAACUACAACUCCACCGACCAUUAAACAUAACACAGACAAAAACAAAGAGAACCUUGUUAAAAUUUCCUUACCAGCUCCUUCUUCCUCGGACAAGAAAUCACUUCUGAACAGUGAGGAAUCAGUUGCUGCAAAGAGUAGGGCACUACAGAGACUGAUGAAGAAUGUUAGGAAUGUAGAGCAGAGUGGGAGAGUUUCCAACACCUCCCUGAACUCCACUUCGUACCAAUCCCCUAAACCAACCUCUUCUGUUGGUAAGAAAGUGUCCCCUUUCGUGGUGAAAACUAUCAACAAGAGUACCCCCUCCCCAGACAUCACCAUCACCAACAAACCAGUACUGUCCAGCAAACCUGGUAAGGCAGUUGAGUCAGAUGAGGACGACUCUCUGGAUAUAGGGGUCAAGAAAAAUAAAAACAAGAAGACAGAAAUCAAGAUAUUGUCUUCGGAGGAAGAUGAGAGUUCCUCUCCUACAACCUCAUCUCAUAGUAGUGAGUCGAGAAGGAAGUCUCUGAGAAGGAAAGUGGUAAAACCUCCCAUUAUUGAUGAUGAAGAUAGCAUAGCAUUUCAGAUACCUCCUAGGGAUGAAUCUGAACCCAACACUAUUGAUGUUCUGGAGAUUUCAUUUGGUCUAAGGGGUCCAUCAGAGGUUUUUAAAGAUUCGAUCUCGAUAAGUAACGCUAAAACAAAAUCUAAACCAUCAAAGAAAAUCGAUGUUAUAAAGAUAGGUCAGGAUGCUCGACAAAAUGCCGUGAAAUCCAUCUCUGAAAUUACAAAUGAUUUAGAUGCUUCUGGAGAAAGUGUAGAAAUGAUUGACAAUCUCCCUGCUCCCCCUGAAAUGAAUCAAGAUGAUGAUCUUCCUUCUUGUGGAUUUGAAUCAGAGUUAAGCAUGACGUUCACAAAUGAACAGUUCAAGGUAGCAGAAGUAAAGAAAAUGGUUAAAGAAUUGCCAAAACCCGAUCUUUCAAAUGUUCAACCGCAAAACGAGGCCAAGUCUCUGAGAAAAUCAGCACUUUCGCGACGAAAGGCUGACGAUUUAAAGGUUUUGGAAACACCCAACCUCCAAACUUUAGCACACUCAGAGCCACCCUCAGCCCCAGUUACACCCUUAUUUUGUGAAGCCAUAAAAUCAAGCAACACUGUAUUGGAAACCCCCAUGAUCCCUAAGAGAGAAGCAAUGGUGUUGGAGACUCCUGUUGUAAGUAUGAAGCCGAAGGAGACUAAGAAACGAAGUAUUGAGUAUGAUCCCAAGGACAAUGAUAAACCCAAACUUCUGCUGAAAAGAGGGCCAGACAUGAUAUCGGUAAAGACCAUGAUCGAAAAUCUCCUUUAACAGAACAUAAAAGAGAGGCCAAUAAGGAUCUUCAAAAUGAGGCUAAACGAGAUAAAUCUAAAAUGAAGGACUUCAUCAGCAAAGUCUCAACAACACCAAUUUCCAAAAGAAAUGACCACUGUACCCCUGUAUCUCGAAAAAACGCUGUUGUCGAAAAGUUUACACAAACCCCAACAAAGAUAAAACCAGCCCCAAACUGACAAUCGACAAGGAUGGCAACAAGACCAACUACACAAUUGAAAACAUAACUGGAGGAGGAACAUGUGCUGGUGGGGGAGGGGGUACAGCCUCAAAACUUACAAUCAUCCAGGAGGGACCAGGUAUCAUGUCCCCCAAACUAAUGAAACACAUUUACGAGGAUGUCCUCCACUCUGACCCUAACAGUUGUGAAGAUCUCAUUAACUCUCUCACUGCUGAUCGUCAAAAUUCUUUGAACAGUGUGCCAGUGCCAGACAAGUCCGCAUCAACAGAAUCACGUUAUAUUGAAGUGGAUCAUCAAGCUCUCAUAUUCGGAGACUCUGUGGAAACCACUGCUACAGAUAAUCCCAACCAGCCUGCACAACAAAUACAGCCUAAUAGUGACAACGCACCUGAUAGUUUGGAGGGAUUUACCUACAACAAUCCUCAGUUC